AGAUCAUCAUUCAUCUAGAAAAGUGACAGCACCGUUUCUGAUGGACAGCCCAAAGCGGCAGAGACUCGGAGAUGCAGCACCAUUCACAUCUUUACUGACGGUUCCUCUGCUCCGCCUUGGAUCGCUAUAGCUGUAGCUGGGAAUUCCUCUUUUAUUUUUUGUAAAAUUUUUUCAACAACAACAAAAAAAAUACCAACCCACACACAUACAUAUAUCAAUAAUCAAGAGAGAGAAAAUACCAUCUUCCAAUCUCUGGGAAAUAAGGUUGUAAUCUUCAUCGAAGAUAAUCAUCUAGCAAAACCAAACAAAAAAAAAACAUCGGCUGUGUAUUAACAUUAAAAGGGGUGCAAACAAAUCCAAGAAUAGCUUUAAAACACGCUGGCCGAUGGCACAAAGGUACGAUGAAUUGUCCCACUAUGGGAUGGACGGGGUGUCCAUGACCAGCUUCGGGGACACACACGCAUCCCGGAAUCUGCCUCACCAUCUGAGCCAUGGCCCCGGUAUCCAUGCCCAACAUUACCCGCCCGGAGGGACCCCUCACCGGGCCAGCCUACCAUCCAGCCUCGGUAACAGUGUCAACGAUAGCCUCAAGAGAGAGAAGGACGCAAUCUAUGGACACCCCCUGUUCCCUUUGCUCGCUCUGGUCUUUGAGAAAUGUGAGUUAGCCACAUGCACUCCCCGAGACUGCGGCGUGGCCGGCGGCGAUGUCUGCUCAUCGGAUUCCUUCAACGAAGACAUCGCAGUGUUCGCUAAACAGAUCCGAACAGAAAAACCUCUAUUUUCUUCCAACCCCGAACUGGAUAAUUUGAUGAUUCAGGCCAUUCAGGUGUUGAGGUUCCACCUGCUGGAGUUGGAGAAGGUCCAUGAAUUGUGCGAUAAUUUCUGCCAUCGGUACAUCAGCUGCUUAAAGGGGAAGAUGCCGAUCGACCUAGUGAUUGAGGAACGCGAUGGAGGCUCAAAAUCUGACCUGGAAGAUUUCACGGGCUCCUGCACCAGCCUCUCCGAUCAGAAUCACUGGAAUCGAGACCACGAUGACACGGGGUCCACGCAUUCAGGCACGCCCGGGCCCUCCAGUGGGGGCCUUGCAUCGCACAGUGGGGAUAACUGCAGUGAACAAGGAGACGCACUGGACAACAGCGUGGCCUCGCCCGGCACCGGAGAUGAUGACGAUCUGGACAAAGACAAGAGACGUCAGAAAAAAAGGGGCAUCUUUCCCAAAGUCGCCACCAACAUCAUGCGGGCUUGGCUCUUCCAGCAUCUCACGCACCCGUACCCAUCGGAGGAGCAGAAGAAGCAGCUGGCGCAGGACACAGGCCUCACCAUCUUGCAAGUGAACAACUGGUUCAUUAACGCAAGACGUCGUAUUGUGCAGCCGAUGAUUGACCAAUCAAAUCGAACAGUUGGCCAGGGGACACCCUACAGUCCGGACAGCCAACCAAUGGGAGGGUUUGUAAUGGAUGGCCAACAGCACAUGGGCAUUCGACCUCCAGGUUUGGCAGGAAUGUCAGGGGACUAUGUAUCUCAAGGAGGUGCAAUGGGCUUGGGCCUCCCACAAGCAGGAUACACCCCUCCCCCGAUGACACCUCACCCUGCACAGCUGAGACACGGACCCUCGCUGCACUCCUUCGUCCCUGGCCACCCCCACCACCCAGCCAUGAUGAUGCACAGCGGACCCCCGCCCCACCCUGCGAUGCCAUCGCAAAGCCCGUCCAUUUUGAACCCUGGAGAGCCCCUGCUGAGUGGGCAAGCUAUGGACAUCCACGCCCAUUAAAGUGUAAAGAGUUGUACAGAAGAGGAAGAGUUUAAUAAGAUGUUUGGCCUUGGCGUUUUGAGGCACAUACUGGAAUUCAGACUGCUGUGUGUGUGAGACUGUUUGUUUAUUUUUAUUGUAUUUUUUGUGUAUUUGAAUGAGGACCAAUUCUGGAGCAUCUUAACUGAAGUACCAUGAGACUUUUAUAUACAAUGAAACACUGAAAAAAACAAAGGACAUUACAACCAUUUUUGAGCAACUUCAACAAAGAAUGAAGACUAAAUUAACUUGUACAUGUUCUGCUAUCUCUUCUUUGGUUUCCUAUAGAAUUUUUUUUAUAUAUAUAUAAUAGAUAAAAAAAAAUAACAGCGAAACAAAGUAUUUCCACACUAUGUGUGCUAUUCUCGAAGAUCGGCUGCAGU